AAAAACGUGAGAUUAAAUGGUAAAAUUAGUUUAAUUAAUACAUAGUUAUUAACUUAUUAAGUAGUUUUCGGCGCGAUUUACUGCUUCCCGUUUUAGCAUUAAAACAGCUCUGUAGUUGAGAUUUCUAAUACACACCAAAACUUGUGGGAAUAAAGUUUUGUGAAUAUUUUUAACCAGCUCGACAUGACGAAGGUGAAUUUUCAAUCGUAUUUUAUAAUGACCCCCAUAUCCUUAAGGUGAAAUGUGUGACUGCUUCGUGGCAGAACUGGUCGGUUGGUGGUCUCAUCUGCAGGCUAACAAUCAAGACGCGUAGGUACGUAAGGUUUUGGGUAGUCACUGCUGGAUAAGCAUAGACCUUUAAAGUAACUUCAGUGUGGAUCAGGCGUGUGCGUGUUUUGUAGGUUAGGGCAUUUGUAGAAUACAAUAAUUUGUAUUUCGAACUCAUCUCUCAGGGUGGUAUUCACGUACCUAGUAUUUUCGUUUUCAAUAACCACUCAACGCUGGGUUAGUCGCGAUUUUUGAUUUUUCUUAAAACCACAAUAAAUAAAAUAAAAAUUCUCAUUUAUUUAACAUUGGUAUAAGUGCGAGGCAUCGCAUUCAGAUUAAACUUGAUUAAAGCAGUUAUUUAAAUGUAGUAUUUUGACAGUUGUAAUUUAGGCGGGAAUGAAUCGUUCGCGUUGCACACUUUUCUAAGUUUCAGUUUGGCGAGACCUAGCCGUGAGAGCGUACGUGUUUCGCGAUUUAAAAUAAAGCCACAAAGAGCUCGAUGCGAAAUUUAAUCCCAUCCGAUAAAUGUUACACGUGGGACGUUUUUAAUACUGUGUGAUAAUGAAACGCGUAUAAACCGUAUUAUAGUUUAGUGAUUACAAAAAAAAAGUGCAAUGGCCUUCAAAUAUAACUUUUUUUUCAAUGCGUUACGCUGUGAUGAUGUGUGAACGAAAAAAUUAAAUAAAAUUGGGACAUUAACUGGUACAUUUGAAAGUGCCCAAUGAAUCUAAAAUAGAGUUUAUUUACAUAGUUUAUUUAUAGAAAUUACGUGGGAUUAGAAGUAUAGACGUGUUUAGACGUGCGAUGGGCGGAAUCGGAGCGAUUGUGUUUUAAAACGAAGCCUUAGAAAAUACACGUAUUGGAUUAACAGUUAACAAACAUAAUGUGGCCACCAUCGCAAGCCAGCAAAUUCCUUAUUUUGCUUGUACUCAUCUUAGUCGUCAUUUACUGCGUCUUCAUGGACACGCUCUUGUAUAUGAGAGUGCAGUAUUACAGCAUAGAAACAUUUGAGACUUCAACGCAAACCACAUUCCAAGAAUCGCCCACAACGAGACUCCGGGCUCUGAGCUAUGAAGAUGUUGUCUGGAUACCUUGCAGUGUGAACCCUUUAUGCCAUCCAACAGUCAAGGCUUUGAUGGUCGAUCACAUCAACCAUUACAUCUACGGUCCCUUGUGCGCGAUCCUAGAUAAAGCAUUGAGGAUAUCCGAUAGAAUGCUCUUCCUGACACCGAACACAAUAUCGUGCGCUCACGUUUUUAUAGCAAUGAUUGGCGCGAACCUUUUGACGUGUCCGAAUCUAAGCGUCCGUCGUAUGGGCAUAGUGCUCUUCCAGAUCAGGAUGUUCCUGGACGAUUUGGAUGGUCACGUGGCGAGAGAGCGUAAGCAUAUCAGAGGUGAAAGGUCAGAAGUCGGCAGCCUUGGUUACUGGGUCGACGGAAUUUGCGAUUUAAUUGGCGUAGUCGCGAUGAUGCUCGGCAUAUUCGUGUACUUCAAGCAGUAUCCGCCCAGACGUGGGUACAGGGGUACUUCCGCAUCAGCGUUACCGUACUAUCAGCUAAAAGAGAUGAACGCUGCCGAGAAUAUGGAAAAGGAUCACGCGUCAGACGUGGGGAUCUCGUACAAAACCAAAGUGUCUCUGAAGGCGAUAAUUCAAGUUAUUAUACUGUUUUCUGGUCAAAUGGUACUGUCUUCUGUCGCCUGGAAUAGAUAUAUAAAUGUUUACCAGGAAAUGUUCGAGAACGGCAAUGGAUAUCUUGCCGGGAGGCUGGUCACUUUUAGAUCUGUGAGAUUCUUUUGUGCCACUUUGAUGUGGAGGAUAUUGAACCCGCAUAGUUACUUGCAUGUUCUAUCGCUAGCCGUGUUUAUUGAUAAGACGUGGUCUCUCCUGAAAUCGGUCCGAUAUAUCGGCUACGUGCUGUUGUUACUGGCCGUUUUUGUAACUGAAUAUUUGAUUAGUGGCUUCGAAGCCUCCGUUAAAACCUCCGUUGAUGGUAGAUAAGCACAUGUUAUCAGUCUUAAGAGUUUAGUUACUUUGGUUAUGCCACGAGAAGCGGUAAUUUUAGUUGACAAUGUAAACCCAGUUUUAACUUAUUAUUUAAUGUAGGUUGCCUAGUCGAAGACGCUAUAAGCGUUGAAGCCGGCAUUUUUUAUUUCCAAAUUAUUAAAAAAAACUCAUCAAAACUGUCUCUGUCUAAAGGGUGGUAUGCGAUUUUCAACUUUAACUUCAAGACAGUGUGUAGCAUAAUUCAUUACAAAUCGAAGAAUUGUAUAAGUUUAUUGCCUUGUGAACCCUUAUGAUCUUGCUUCGCUAACCUUUUUUUUAUUUAUUUUUAUUGCUUAGAUGUGUGGACGAGCUCACAGCUCACCUGGUGUUAAGUGGUUACUGGAGCCCAUAGACAUCUACAACGUAAAUGCGCCACACACCUUGAGAUAUAGUUCUAAGGUCUCAGUAUAGUCACAACGGCUGCCCCACCCUUCAAACCGAAACGCAUUACUGCUUCACGGCAGAAAUAGGCGGGGCGGUGGUACCUACCCGUGCGGACUCACAAGAGGUCCUACCACCAGUAACCUGUUCCAAAUCUGCCACUGAGCGAUCCCGUGGUAUCUCUUUAAAGUAUCCGGUAACCACUUAACACCGGUUGGGCCGUGAGCUCGUUUUGUUAUCCGGCUAAUAAGAGAAACAAACACAGCGAAACGACCGUCUCUGGCCAAGUGAGUUCAACGCGGUUUUUUUUUGUCACAAAAUAAAAAUUUAUGUGCUAAGGUCACAGACGUGUCACGCACGAUCACUUAAUACCUACCUAGCUAGAGAUAACAAAAAAAACUCUUUGUACAAGCGCUCGUGUGAUAUCUAUUCAAACGAAUUAGCGUUAUCAGAAUUUGAAAACAGCCUCUUAAACGACUUAAAAAAAAAAGAGGAUGCUCUCAAUCAGACUAAAUUUUUUUUAUCUACUUCAAAGCUUUUAUCUUUGUUAACCGACUUUGAUGUUUUAUGUUUUUUUUUUUAUAUAGAAAGCUAGUGUUUCUCAUGUGGCUUUUAUCUUUGUUAACCGACUUUGAUGUUUUAUGUUUUUUUUUUUAUAUAGAAAGCUAGUGUUUCUCAUGUGGUUUCAUUUGAAUUUUAACAAGAUCCGACCCGUCGUUUCUAAGUUAUCCUUAAAUAAAUGCAUAUCUGAUUGAUUCCGACUACGUUUUGUUAUUCAAUAGCUACAAUGUACUUACUACUACAAACUUAAUAUGAGCUCACGAAUGACUUCCACGAUGAAUGAAUAGAUAUAAUUAAGUAUUCAAACAACAACAAAAAAUAAUUUAAUAUUUAUAGUCAUUUUAAGUAUAAUAAUAUUAUUAAAAUAGGUUUUUUCUUCAAAUUUCCUGUUUGUAUGCUUGUUAAAAUGAAGGAUAUCGUGAGGAAAAAAAGAAAUCUAAAUUAUACCCGAAAAUUUUGUAAACACACAAUUACGUACAUAAUAAGCGUAUAAUAUAUAUUAAAUAUUAAAAAAAUUAAAAAACGCGGCUAGUAACCAUAAAACCAUAAUUAUACCUAUUCCUAUCGCCAAGGGUACGGCGUUACUAUUCAUAAGAGCGGUUUCCCAUUGAUGUCCAUAACCGCCGGUCAUCACUUACCGACCAGGUGGUAAUUUUUGAGUCGCACAUUGAGUUUGUACAGCCCUAAUGCCAACCGCCGCGCCGGUGGCACUUAAAAAACCAGGUCAUCUAAGCGAUUAACUAUCGUAUGAUGCGAAAAAAAUAAGUAGUAUUUUUAGCCAGAAAUGGCGAACAAGAACUGGGACUAUGAAUUCGGAAUGAUUAUUUCAGUUUUUGUGUCGAAACCAGUAAAUUUUUGUUUUCAUUUUAAUGCGGGAAGAAUUCUUUUUUUUUUAUUGCUUAGAUGGGUGGACGAGCUCACAGCCCACCCGGUGUUAAGUGGUUACUGGAGCCCAUAGACAUCUACAACGUAAAUGCGCCACCCACCUUGAGAUAUCAGUUAUAAGGUCUCAAGUAUAGUUACAACGGCUGCCCUACCCUUCACACCGAAACGCAUUACUGAUUCCCGGCAGAAAUAGGCAGGGUGGUGGUAUACACCCAAGCGGACUCACAAGAGGGCCUACCACCAGUAAAUUAGCUCGAAUGACCCCCGGCUUCUCCCGCGUUAUCUAGGAAAUGGGUCAGUGUAGUUUCCCAUUGGCAUGAGAUGUUUUUUUUUUCGGGAUAAAAUAUAGCCCACGUCACUCACCUCGUCUGACCUGACCGGAAAUUUCGCUCGAUACGAAAGAAAGACAAGCAAACAAACGCUUUCACAUUUUUAAUAUUAGUAUGGAAUGUAUUUUUAAUUCAAUAUUCAAAGGUAUAAAAGUGUUUGGCCUAUUAUAUUAAUCGAUGCCUCCAAUGAACACUAAUCUAACUCAAAAUUUUUAAAUUUUCGUUUUUCACGCGAAUCGCUUCACUAUUUUAAAAGUAUUACAAAUUCAUUUUUAAUGGGGUUCGAAGCAAGAGUAAAUCAGCUAGUCACACAAGAAAAAAACCAUAAAAUCUUUAUUAUUGCAGAUAUAUUUAUCAACUUUUUUCGUUUUAACUCUCCUCCUGUAAACCUACGAAUUUGGAGUUGGAGUAGUGUUCAUUGGAGGCAUCGAUUCGGCUAAUACAAACAAAAUAAAAAUUAGAAACGGUUUUUAAGAAUUAUUUUCUCUCUGUCUCGUUUAUUGUUUCGCGAACCUAAUUGUGUUGACUUAAAAACCGCCUUACCAUCAGUAAAUAUGCAUGUUUAUAAAUGUCUUCUUACAUAUUAUUUUUUUAAUGAGCUCACAGCCCAUCUGGUGUUAAGUGGUUACCGGAGCCCAUAGACAUCUACAACGUAAAUAUUUAUUUUUUAUUGCUUAGGUGGGUGGACGAGCUCACAGUCCACCUGGUGUUAAGUGGUUACUGGAGUCCAUAGACAUCUACAACGUAAAUGCGCCACCCACCUCGAGACAUAAGUUCUAAGGUCUCAAGUAUAGUUACAGCGGCUACCCCACCUUUCAAACCGAAACGCAUUACUGCUUCACGGCAGAAAUAAGCGGGGUGGUGGUACCUAACCGCGCGGACUCUCAAGAGGUCUUACCACCAGUUAAAAACGUAAAUGCCGCCACCCACCUUGUUUUUUGGUUUCUUCAAUCUAUGAUUCAUUCGACUGUUUUCAGCUUCACGGUAAUUAUAAUAGGAAUCUAAAUAGUAAUUAUUAUAGGAAUCACUGUAGACACAGGUUGUUCACGUUUUAUUUCUACAGUCUAUAACCGAUUUUCGGUUGAUAAUUUAGGAGGAACCAGAACGCCUUAGAUGGCGGGCGCUUAUUCGUCCCGCCAAAAGUCAUCAGAAAUUGCUGACUUUUUACCGUUCGUAGCGACAAUAGAGAAGGUCGUAUCUUAAACAAUUAUUCAGAGGCCUUACCGUGGAACAUAAGGUACAACACAUAGAGCUCUAGUCUCUUCGUAUGCCCAGAAGCUUCAAGAGUUUCGUCGUCUUGGCCUCGCCUUAAUGGCACGCGCUACGUGUAAAGUUAGAGCCUAAACAUCUUAAAUUCACAUUUAAAUUCGAAUUGCUUCUAUAUUAUUUAAACUACGCGACCUUUUUUAGAAUAACACUAUUAUUUUGCCAUAUAUAAGAUUUCUAGGGAAUUUCUAGUGUAGAAAAAAAAACUAACUUAUUGUAGUGUGUAAGGAUGUAGUAGAUGAGUGAAAGAGGCAUGUAGCGCUGUGAACCACAUAAUGUCUCAUUAUAACAAAAAAAAAAGUCCAAAAAAUAAAAAAUAAAUCUUAGGGGUAGACAACCCUUAUCACUUAAGGGUAUGAAAAAUAGAUAGUAGCCGAUUCUCAGGCUUACUGAAUAUGCAUAAAAAUUUUCAUGAGAAUCGGUCAAGCGGUUUCGGAGGAGUAUGGGAACGAACAUUGUGACACGAGAAUUUUAUAUAUUAGAUUUCCUUGGGAAACGAAUUAAAACAAACUAGAGGUCCCGCAGUAGUCGAAAUUCGACUAUAAUUAAUUGGAAUUGUAUAAUAAGUCGGUACACUAUUAUGAUUGUAUUUUAUACUUCUAUAAUCACAAAUUUCGCCAAGGCUACACUAUAAAAAAAUAUUAAUAAAGACAAACAAUAUUUAUUCUAUUCUCAAUUUGACCACAGACGUCAAGAACGAAAGUUUGACAAUAAAUAGUAUGCAUGUGUGCGUGCGUCAAAUACAUGGUAUGUAGUGUGUGUAAUGUUUUCUUUAUUGAUUUAAUGUAUCUUUUAUGCAUUAUUUAAAAAAAAAAUUAGCAUUGUGCACUUCUUCUCUAUAUUCUCUAUAAGUGUGGAAAAUUUCAUACUCCUCCAUCCGCGCAAUUUUCGUAAAAAGGGAUACAAAGUUUUUGCUUCACGUAUUAAUAUAUAGAUAACGCUAGAAAAACAAAUAUCUCUGAAUCCGUACAAAUGUAGUAUUUGCAAUAGUCUAGUUUAUUUGCUUGUUGUUUGCAAGGGAGCCGUUUUAUUGUAAUGUAUAUUUGUGAUAACUUAGUUAAACUGUAAAUUCAGUAUUGAACUGAGCCUGUAGGGAUAAGUGCGCUGGUCCUCUGUGCCACGGUAUCCGGUUUGAUUCUCGGUUUAAGUCAGUAUAUUAUAGAUGUUCAUGAAAUUUACCGCGCCAUUUCGGAUCCCCCCGAUCCACUAAUGGUGCUUUUAGGUACCUCAAGCACCGAACAUCGUUCUCGUCAUACCCGCGCUUGCGACGAAGGGCUCGGCGAGUAAAUUACCUAUAGAAACAGCCCAAUGAGUCGGAUCUUCUCAGUGGAUCGCGUUUCCGAUCCAGUGGUAGAUUCUGCGAAGCACGGCUCUUGCUUGGGUUCGUGUUAGCAACGUCGUCAGGUUUGAGCCCCGUGAGCUUACCUACACGCAAGGGUAACGCUGAUAUAGCCUCUCAAGGUUAUAAGGUUAGGUAGGGAAAAAAAAAAAAAAAAAAAAAAAAAAAAAUGUCAUAUGAGCUUUUAAUGUUCUAGUCUUGUGUCACGUAUCCGGAAAAUGGAUCUUGUUUUAAAGCCGUUUAACGUGGUACGUGUAAUCUAUAAUCUUCAAUUCGAAGGUCGUGACUAUAAUUUGGGAGCGAGAGCUUGAAAUUAUUUAUAAACGGCUCAGAAUGAGUGAAGAUCGAAGCUUGUGGCGAAUGUUUGGUGUGCAUAUGCGUCACGAAGCUUUGACGGCAAAGUUCGAAUAGGGAACCGGUUCUAGCAAAAAAAAAAUCUGUUGUCUGAAAAGUCGGCUUACUGACGAAAGUUGAACGUGACAACGUCAGAAAAAAAAACGCCUCACAGCGAGGUAACGCCGCAUGAGUCAUGUUUUUUCGUGCGUGCAGCCGGCUCCAUCGAAUUAUAAGACGUCACGUCAAAAGAAGUUCAUAAAUAAACAAAUCUCAUUACUACAUAGUAUAAAACAAAGUCGCUUUCUCUGUCCCUAUAUCUGUCUGUCCCUAUGUAUGCUUAAAUCUUUAAAACUACGCAACGGAUUUAAUGCGGUUUUUUUAAUAGAUAGAGUGAUUGAAGAGGAAGGUUUGUUUGUAUAAUAACAUCCAUUAAAUAGUGGAGAAAUCAAUAAUAAAUUACAGUUUCCGAAGUGAAGCGAGGGCGGGUCGCUAGUAAUAGUAUAAAAAAUACCGUCGUCAAGCUAAGCAACACACGUCACAGCCGGAGUCCCGCAAGGCUCCGCCCUCUCCCCGUUACUAUUCAGUUUGUAUAUCAACGAUAUACCCCGGUCUCCGGAGACCCAUCUGGCGCUCUUCGCCGAUGACACCGCCAUCUACUACUCGUGUAGGAAGAAGGCGUUGCUUCAUCGACGACUUCAGACCGCAGCUACCACCAUGGGACAGUGGUUCCGGAAGUGGCGCAUCGACAUUAACCCCACGAAAAGCACAGCGGUGCUCUUCAAAAGGGGUCGCCCUCCGAACACCACGCUGAGCAUCCCUCUCCCGACUAGGCGCGUCAACACCCCCGCCCAUACCGUGGGCCCCGAAGGUCAAAUAUUUAGGCGUCACCCUCGACAGUAGGAUGACAUUCCGCCCCCACAUCAAGACGGUACGCGAUCGUGCCGCCUUCAUCCUAGGACGUCUCUACCCGAUGAUAUGUAGGCGAAGUAAAAUGUCCCUUAGAAAUAAGGUGACACUCUACAAAACUUGCAUACGCCCCGUCAUGACCUAUGCAAGUGUAGUGUUCGCUCACGCGGCCCGCAUACACUUAAAAUCCCUUCAAAUUAUUCAAUCCCGUUUUUGCAGGAUAGCCGUCGGAGCCCCGUGGUUCGUCAGGAACGUCGACCUCCAUGACGACCUGGACUUAGAGUCCAUCAGUAAGUAUCUUCAGUCGGCGUCCAUGCGCCACUUCGAUAAAGCGGCACGACACGAGAACCCUCUCAUCGUGGCCGCCGGUAACUACAUUCCCGAUCCUGCGGACAGAAUGGAAAGCAGUCGACGUCGCCCUAAACACGUCAUCUCGGAUCCUCCUGAUCCACUAACGGUGCUUUUAGGUACUUCAAGCACCGGUCACCGUUCUCGUCGAACCCGUCGCUUGCGACGAAGGGCUCGACGAGUAAAUUAACUCUCAGACACAGCCCACUGAGUUUCUCGCCGGAUCUUCUCAGUGGGUCGCGUUUCCGAUCCGGUGGUAGAUUCUGCGAAGCACGACUCUUGCUAGGGUUCGUGUUAGCAACAUCGUCAGGUUUGAGCCCCGUGAGCUCACCUACUAAAGUUAGGGUUACGCUGAAAUAGCCGCUAGGGCUAUCAGCUUAGGUAGGAAAAAAAAAAAAAAAAAAAAAACUAAGCAACAAUCAGAAUGCAUGAUGUGGUUCUUUAUUGUGUGCCACGUCUAAUCUAUGGUCGGCGCAUCGAUCGUUUUAGCCUCAAAUGACGUCACACCUAAAGAAGUACGUUCAGUCGAAUUUCGUAUGCACGGCAAAGAAAAAUAUUAGUUGUAAAGUGAACAGGAUAACAGAAUUAGUUUUAGCUUGGCAGUUUCAAUGUUGUUGUUGACAACUUGCGUCUAUGCAAACUGACCUUGAGGAUGUCCUUAGUGUUAGAUUCAGGUUUUUGUCGGAUUAUUUCAUGAUAAAGAUAAGCAGUAGUCGUGGUUUCACUUCAAAGGGAACUUUCACUUUCAAUAUGAAGCGUGACGAAGGGAGAUGGCAGAUAUUCCUCGCGUCAAUUAAUUUCUAAAUGGUUAGGUACGUAACGCAAAAAUUUGCCAAAUUUAAGAAUUAUCUAGAGAACUUACGGAAGCUGUUAAGUUAAAUUUGGCAUUCAUUUCCGUUUGUGGUUUCGGUUCAGAAGCACUGUUGAUAUGGUCAUUGCGACCGAGUAUCGCAGUUUCGCUUAUCUAUCGACAAAACACAAUGAGUUUCUUGCCGGAUUUACACAGUGGGUCGUACGUUUCUUGCAUAGAAUGUUGAGAACACUUUUAUGAAAAGCGUUUUAAGUAAUCGUGUGAUUUUUGCUGAUUCUGCGUAAUACUGGUGGUAGGACUUCUUGUGAGUCCGCGCGGGUAGGUACCACCGCCCUGCCUAUUUCUGCCGUGAAGCAGUAAUGCGUUUCGGUCUAAAGGGUAGGGCCACCAUUGUAACUAUACUGAGAUCUUAGAACUUAUAUCUCAAGGUGGGUGGCGCAUUUACGUUGUAGAUGCCUAUGGGCUCCAGUAACCACUUAACACCAGGUGGUCUAUGAGCUCGUCCAACCAUCAAAGCAAUAAAAAAAAAUUAUUAUUUUAAUUUUUGUUAGGGCUUGUUGUGAGUCCGCACGGGUAGGAACUAUCGCCAUUCUUAUUUCUGUCGUGAAAAGGGUUUCGGUUUGAAGGGUGGGGCAGCCGUUGUACUAUAAAACUGAGACUUAAAAGGUCAUUUCUCAAGUUGGGUGCCGGGAUUUAAGUUGUUGAUAUCUAUGGGCUCCGGUAACCAAUUAACACCAGGCUGGCCGUGAGAUCGUCAACCCGUCUAUGCUAUAAUUAACUAGCUGACCCGGCAGACUUCGUAGUUCCUCAAUCGAUAAAUAAAAGACCUAAGCUUUUGUAUAAAAUAAACUGAAAACAAACAAAAGGAAUCCGUCCGACGGGGGACACAUCAAAGGAAAAACAAAAUUGUUAUUUUUAUUUAAUUCCAAGCAUUAUCUUAAUUAUCUACCUUUUAAACCUUCUCUGGACUUCCACAAAUAAUUCAAGACCAAAAUUAGCCAAAUCGGUCCAGUCGUUCUCGAGUUUUAGCGAGACUAACGAACGGCAAUUCAUUUUUAUUUAUAUAGAUAGAUUAAAAAUAAAUAGUACAAUUAUUAAGAUCGUUGAGCUUAGAAAGAAAAUUGGGUCGUAGUAAGCUGAACAAAUCACUUAAGAGGAAAUUCGAGUAUCCAGUUAAUAAAGGGUUUUUUUGCUGAGGAAAGACCCCUAUGAAUAUCGUACCGGCCAAAGAAUUGAAGUAAGAAAAUAGAUUAAAAACUUCGGCUUAUUGUAUUCCUGUGAUACCUUCUCGACCGACCUAUCAAAUCGGUAUGUAUACUCGGCGGUAGUAAUAGGGUGAAUUGCGGUACCUAUGUUUUAUCCUUGCUCGAUUUUUAUUAGUCAAUGUUAGUUCUUCAUCGUGGAAGUAUUUCGUAUAUUAAGUACGUAUUUCAUUAGACAUCCCACUGAGUUUCUCGCCGGAUCUUCUCAGUGGGUCGCGUUUCCGAUCCGGUCGUAGAUUCUGCGAAGCACUGCUCUUGCUAGGGCCAGUGUUAGCAACAUUCCGGCUUGAGCCCCGUGAGCUCACCUACACAUUAGGGCUAAGCUGAAAUAGCCUCUCAAGGCUAUCAGCAUAGGCAGGAAAAAAUUAGACAAACAGGAGUCAGCAGAGAGUUUUAUUGAGCGUCUUAUCCUUUUGGCCACGAAGAAUUUGAAUAUAAGUUACGAAAAAAAGCAUUAAUGUCCGAAUUACAUACAGAAAGUAUUGUGUACAGAUGCUCUCAAUAAUGGCAUUUCAUAUCGGGUAUGAAUUACGGGCUAUAUAGAUGGUUCGUACGAAGAAAGCCGAAAUACGUAUUUCCUCUCAUAAAAAGAAUAAUAAUAAUUAAGGUUUGAUUAUGAAUAAAAUGUUUAAGGACAAUAAAAUUGUAUAUUUUUCUAUAUGAAAAUAAAAGAUUGUUUUUUUUUUAGAUAAGUAAACAUUUUUAAAAAAAGUGUAUACUUGAACUGUGAUGUUAAAUGUAUGGAAAUAUUUAAAUUGUUUUAUCGUUACGACAUUGCAAAAUAAAUGUUUAUAAUAUAUUUUAUAA